CUGGCCAAGAUUAACUUCAACCUGGAGAGAGCAAUAGAGUGCACAUGGCCAAGGACACGAGGAGAUGGAAGGAGAGUUUUAUUGUGGCCCUUAUUGCCCCAAAUUGGAAAGACAGGAUGGCUUGUGUGUGUGGACGCUUUGUGUCUGCUUUACUGUGGCACAGUGGUAAUGUUCCCUCAAAACACCGCUGUCAAUAUUUUGGCAGAUUAACAAAUUUGAGUGUGUACACUGACUAAACUUUUUUUUUUUUCAUAUUUUAUACAAAUAAAAAGAUAACGCAAAUGUUGCCUAAGAGAACUAUAUUUUGCUAUUAUAGUCUUUGAACCAUAGCACAUAAAGGUUUAACCUUUUUGAUGCUGUGCGUAAAGACUAUUCCGGUGCAUACCAACUCUUUUCCAUAUCUAAAACUAGUGUAAACACUCAGAAAUACAGCAAAUUAGAGAUGGGUAAAAAUAAAAUAAAAUGUAUGUUCUGAGUCAAAUGCAAAAAAUGCACAUAAGUAUUAUGUUAUUAAGAGAGAAUCAGCCACUGAGAAUCUUAAAGAAGCUUCAAGGCUCUCCUCGGGAAGUUGCUAUAUGCCCCAUUACAGUUAAUAUUUGAGGAAUUUCAUGUUGGAAUGUUUAGGUAAUUGAACUCAUAUAGAAUCAAAUAUUUUCGCAUAGUUUUUUCGUUGUAACUUUAAUUGAUUUUCCUGUAAACGAGAAUGUUCGUGCCGUUGUUUACACAAGGAGCUCGUUUUGCUAAUCCGAGGGGAUUUUGUUAAGGCCUAAUUCAGCGUUAGUCCUAACUCUACGGUUAAAACUGUUUAUAUUUAAUAUAAUUUAGUCAUGUAUAGCAAGACAGGCGACGCGAUGUUAACUUUGAAAUAAACUAUUCCAGAGACAUUCUCUGUGAGAAAAAAUAUAUAUAUGACAGAAUAUAAUUUGAUUCUCACUCUAUCCCUCGGAAACAUUUUAUUUUUAAAAUUUUGCUUUUGUGGUGAGGAGCUGGGAAUGUCUCGAGGCUAAAGGAAACGGCGCAUAAAACGCCUUUUUUGCCAAGUCAUUUUGCCAAAAGCGAACUCUCCCUACAGUUAAAGACUUUAUUACCACUAAGUCCCAUGGCUUUGUUACUUUAUGUCUUUGUUGGUGGGUAUCAGCAGCCCCUAUACUUUUAGACUUGAUUUGCCACCUUAAGGCCAUCUUCCUACCGUAAAGUAUAGUUCAGUGUGUUUGUAACAAAAAAAGCGUUUUUUUUUUCAUUUAUUUUUGGAGUUGCAUCGCUAUAACAUAGCUUGGUAUCAUUAUAAAGGCUUGUGGUUUUCAUAACGUGUAUGUCUCUCACUGUAUUGUUGAGCUUUGUGGUAAAAUUUGAUUUGGAUGUAUGCAAAGGAAAGUCGAAGCUUUAAACUUCCAAUGAGGGAAAUCUACAGUGGGAUAUGUGUUUCAGAAACGUGUUUACACAAUGAACUAAUGACCUGCGUCCUUUAAAAAUAUAAUUAUACAUUUUCAAACUUUGAAUCCGGCUGGACCUCGCCCCUUCUAUACAAGGUGGUGCAUUAAGGCGAGGUGAAGGAACAUACUGAUUGCUGUGCUGUCUUCUUUCUCUGCCAUGAUGGAUAUCGUUCCGAGUGCUACGUAGCCUCGGAGUGGGAGGGACUGCCCCGAUUCCAGCAUUUCCAUUGGCUUCGCCGUUCGCUCGCGGAGAGGGGGGUGCCUCUAAUCAUAUCCAGCAUGUUUUGUACAAGAAAUGUCAGCCAGAAAGGGCUAUCUUCUCCCUUCGCCAAAAUACACCACAAUAAUGUCAUGUUCGGACAGCCCGUCAGGAAAUGCGUUUUUAGUGGAUUCUCUGAUCAGUGGGCGCACCGAGAGUGGUGGAGGUCACUACACUGGGAGCGCGGUGUGCGUGCCUCAUAGCACCGCUACAGAAGUGCCUUACGGACUACACAACUAUGGAUACUUCCCAGGUGUGGGUAAGCGGCCUGACGUGGGUCCCCAAAACAUGGUUUCUGCCACAGGAGCGUACAUGUCCAGCAUGGAGAUGUGGAUGGACGCACAGAGGUCAUGUCGAAUGGACCAAGAGCACCCGGUAGGUCCCCAGGUCGCGCCCUGCUCGUUCCCCCAGAAUAUUAAGGAGGAGAGCACCUAUUGCCUGUACGAGCAGCAGAAGUGCCCAAAAGCCUCCACCGCCGAAGAUCUUACAUAUUCAAGGUUAACAGCAGCCGGCCUAGGGUCGAGUUCUUGUACAGUUACCGAUGGCGGCGGCGGGGGCUCAGUGCCUGUGCCGGGCUACUUCCGCUUGUCUCAGACGCACGCACAUUCUCAUAAACUUUACAACACCAACGGCCCCCAGCCGAACCCUUCCCAUUCUCAUUUUGGCCUACACCCCACUGCUCCUGCUCGCUUCCACACGCCACCAACCUCGACUUCUGCUCCAGCCACGGCACAAGAAGGGACACCUCGGAACACCGAGGAACCCGUGUCUCACGCUGCAUCGGGGGCCGAGGAUACACGGGACUCUUCGGAUGGAGAAGCCUCCUCAGCUGAAGAAACGGAAGAGAAUGACAAAGAGAGGCCAGCAAAGACAAAUAAAGGAGACUCAAAAAGCGAGAACACGGCCAACUGGCUGACAGCAAAAAGCGGCAGAAAGAAACGUUGUCCAUACACCAAGCACCAGACACUGGAGCUGGAGAAGGAGUUCCUCUUCAACAUGUACCUGACCCGAGAGCGCCGCCUAGAGAUCAGUAAAAGUGUCCACCUGACGGACAGACAGGUUAAAAUCUGGUUCCAGAACCGCAGGAUGAAACUGAAGAAAAUGACGCGGGAAAACAGGAUCCGGGAGCUCACCUCCAACUACGGAUUUUCAUGAUGAACGAGUUGAUCACGCUGAAACAGAGGAAAAUAGGUGAAAUCAGUGACACCCACCCUCUUACACCCCCAACCUUUCCUCACCACUUUGUCCACACAAUGACUCAUUUCACUGUGGGCUGCAAGUUUCUUUAAUUUCCAGACACGCGUAAAGUCAAUGCAUCGUCCCCAGUGAGCUAAGAAAAUGAAACUGUAAUUGAUUCUAUUUGAAUAUUUCCUGAUGUUGUGUUUUUGUAUUGUUGGUCCAUUGCGGUUACUUCUCUCGUAUGACUGGAUGUUGUCAGUACAGUUUAAAAAAAAAAAAAAAGGAAAGAAAGAAAAAAGCCUUUGCCCUGAAAUUUGUCUACUUUUAACUCACCGCAGGAGAAAACAUUUGCCCUAAAUUUAGACAAACAUGAUUUUUUUAUUAUUUUAAUUGGAAUUGCAUGGUAUAACGUUUUUCUACCUUUUUAGAUUUUAAAUCACUCUGAAAUUAAAUGCCCUUAUAUCACAAUGGGGAAUAAUGCACCCUAUCACCUUAGAUGUAGUCUACCCUUAUAUAGGUUUAAUCUGUGUGUGAGCUAAAUGUAUAAAUUACCUCCUUAUUCACGCUGAGGACGUUUAAAACAGUGUGCAAAGUGAAGGAGGAAUAUUUUUCAUUGUAUAUUUCUUUGUAAAUAUGACAUUGUGAUUUGUGUAAUGCUUAAUAAAUUAUCAGCUCGCAAUGAGGAGUAGCUGCUUGUAUUUUGUAUCCUGGUUAUAUGUACGUUUUAGCUUGCACGGGGAACAAAAAGCUUUGUUUGGAAUUCAAAGUUCAAGAUAAUCUCCUUCACUGGAGAGUCGCUUGUUUUUUGUGUAGCAGUCGAGAAAGACGUGUUUCUAAGGGGAAAUGUACCGGCCAUCGGAAAUAAUUAAGAUAUUAGGCUACAAGCCGUCUAGCUGCAUGCCCAGCCGGCUAUUGUAGAGUUUUAUGACUGGCUGGUAUAUGAGCUUUCUCCCUCUCCUCUAAGAGCAGCUUCAGUCGUGAGAGAGCCUUUCGCACGGAGAGGAGGCCCGGCUCACAGCUAGAAAUCUGAACUGUACUGAAACACUGAGGAUAAGACCUUAUUUGUUGCUUUAGUCUCGAAAUACUGGGAUUAACGUUUCAGGGAUCGGGUAAGUGCCUCCAUCUCAGUGCAUUUGUCCAUUUUGCGCCUUGUUGCAGCGACUUCUUUUUAGUGUGUACAAUACUACAGUACUUUCUCAAUACAGCCGAUUAUUGAGACACAUGACGGAAGCGACGACCACGGUGCAUUAUGAAUUGGCUGAUUGUGUUUCACUUGAGGCCCGGAUCGACUGUCGAGUGGUUUAGGUAGUUUCAUGUUGUUGGGGUCCAUUUCAAACUCUGCAACAUGAAACUGUCUUAAUUGCCCCAGUUACAUACAUCGAAACCGAAAGGAAAGCAAAUCUGGGACAUAAAGAUUAUGAGAUUUGUUUUAAAUUGUGUGGUGGCGUUUUGAAAGCACGUUACAAACCUGUAUAGAAUUCGGGGAGGAGUGGCUUACUGUUGUGCAUAUUCGUAAUGUGUGUCCUGGGGUGUUUUCUUUAGAUUCAUCAACUUGUUUUUUUUGUUGGUAAAAUAAGACCGAGGGGCCACGUGUGCUGAAUAUCAACGUGAUCAAAGCGGGGCUGCAGUAUGCGUCGUGGACUUGGGGGAUUAAGUGUAAAGCUGUGAGUGUUUUCCGUGUGUAGUAGUGACGCAGACACGCCAGACAAGGCCUCGGUUACGACCACUGCAGUGGAGGGGAAGGGGAAGGUGAAUGGGGCAACAGCGACCUCCGUGGGCAAUGAGACCGGAUGCUUCCGCUGCGCAAUAGUGGCUCAGACAAAAGGAGGGGAAGGGCUUUAUGGCGAUAUUUAGAUCCGCCAGACAGGCUGUUAUCUGCAGAGGCAGAAAAGAGUGAAUAGCCCCUGCGGUAAACUGGGUGAAAAAACACCCUGAUUUAGGUUUACAGCCCGAGAGCCAUUGGCAUAGUGGCGUCUUUUCCUCCUCUGAAGGUGUUUGUCUAUUCUAAGUUUUAGUGCACAAAUAGGCGCACAGCCGCUCCUUUCCCCCCUCGGCUUGUUUGAUGUCUGUUGGCCAAAUAAUGUGCAAGCACAAGUUAGGUGAUUUCCUGCGACUAGUAUGCACACCGUGGACACCUUGUGCUUUUUUUGUUGUUGUUGUACUUCUCUUUUAAAUGCAGUAGUAACACCAGAGUGAAAUUCCUGCGUAUUGAAUUGCCUGUGGCCUUGUGGGGGGUGUUGUCCAAGCUCUCGGUUUAUUAACUGGCAAUAAAUGAAAUGUAUGUGAAAAUUCAAGGUUGCUACUUUGAAACCUGCAACAGUGGGCUUAUCUGAUAUAGCCCUAUGCACGUUUAUACUCACACAGCCACCCCCUUUUUUUCUCUCUCUCUAUCUCUCUUUUUUUUUGUAGACCUUAGAGCUUUGUUUUCCCUGUAAACUGCAUAGAGUCUUAAUAGUAAAUACUCAGUUUAAAUUCUUUCGACUGAAGUAUUCUCUACACUAUAUUUUCGGCUAAAUGUAUCCAUGUUCUGUUUUUGCGUUUUCCAUUGAGUUUAAUUAAUAACACACGCACGUAUCUUUAUCGCUUGCAUAUAUUUAAUGUUAUUCCGAAUUGGCGGAUGGAUUUAUUUGUGUCUCUGUGCGUAUUUAUGCCAUUUAUUUAAUACAAUUUAUAAUCUAAACCGCCUCCAUUUAAAUUGCACUACAUGCAAUUUAAAUGUGCUGUUGUCUCCCGGUGUUCGCCACUCCCCGCACCAUUUAAUUUUAAAAGGAGGAAACCGCAAACACCACAUUACGCUUAUUUUUAGCUCUAUUUGAGUGUAACGUUACACUGAAGCCCUGGCUGCAAGCCGGCGUUAGUUAAUUUGUUAACGGCGGUGAGGAUACCAACACAUAGCCCAAUACAAGUGAUAACGACGGUGUAAACGGGAAAGUAGAGUAAAGCCAAAUCCGUCGUAUUUCAGUUAUUUGCUGAAGAUUUCCUAAAUAUUCAGCUGUGCAAUUCAGCGGAUAAAACCAACAGCAGAUGUAUUCAGUUACAGUUUUAUAAUUUGUGACUAGCACAUUCAUUCAUAUUAAACACACUAAAACAGUGCAUUUUGUCUGAUAUGUAGCGUUUUCUUGUGUAGUGUUUUUAUUUUAUGAUUGGUUAUAAAUAAAUAAAAAUUAAAAAAUUGUUAAAGCAUCUCGCAAUACUCGAAAAUCUUCUUUCUUUUGUCGUCUUGUCAAUCCGGUUGAAAUUUUAAAAAUAAAAUAUUUUGAAUUACAC